AGGAUGGAAGACACGUACAAAAAAAGCAAAGGAAACGCCGGACUCGAAGGGGUUCAAUUCCAACUGAAUCUGCUCGCUGUGUUUUUGCUAAAUGCCCUCCGUAGCCGGAAAAACUGGAAAAUGUCCACGGAGAACAAGGAAGCUGGAAAGUUCGACGACCUCGUUCUCGAUUUGGACGACAAAUGCGUUUUGCUACAGGCCAAGUUCAAACAAAGCAAAAAGAUCACCAGAGAACAAUUAUUUUCGUGCAACGCUAAGAACGCCGAUUUCAGCCUUCCCAAAUACUUCUUCUCGUACUUGGAGGUUAAGUCUAGUUCUGUAGAGAAGGUUGUUAUUGUUUGCACCAACACGGAUAUCGAAGGAAAAGGCUUAGAGAACUGUUUAAAACGCCAUUGUCUAAGCGCCAGCAGCAUGCUGCACUACGAAGGGAACUUUUGUCCAUUUUAUACUUUUAAUAAAAACAUCUUGCCCGAGUUAAAAGCUAGUGCGGAGGUUUACUUCCAUAAAAAUUUACGUGACAAAAGCAUCGACAAGGCAGCAGUAACAGAGGAAAACAUGAUGGAUUUUCUGAAUCAUUUUCAAUUUUUUUUAAAUUAUCCUAGUGGAGACCAAUUAGACAAAGUUAUUGAACAGUUAUUACGCUUGAACAAUUCCGGUUUAUAUCGCAAGGUCUCUUCGCAAGAGUUAUAUAAGAAAGUAGAAAAUUGGUUCAAACAACCAAAGGGUGAAUAUUUAACAGAGGAACGAGCGAAAGCCAUGUUUAGCGAAAUAAAAAGUGACAAGUACUGCGAAGAAUUGAAAAACUACAACGUGUCGUUUAGACAAAAUAGUUUUAAUUUUACUGAUCCAGAAAGAAUUUUCCAAGUCCAUUCCGAGGGAAGACAUCUGUUACAGGCAUUGAAGGUUUUCGAUGCACUGCAUAAAGAUAAAGGCAAAAAAUUGUAUGUCAAUCCUAACGAUGACAUCGAGGUGCAAAAACACGUCAUAAAUGCAUUCGCAGUUCCCCGCUACACCUUUUUAAUUAUAAUUGGGGUCAAAUUUACUCAAGACACCGCGAUAAAGGAAAUAAGUAGUACAUUAAAAGAUAUACUAAAGAAAUACAGCUAUAAGAAAGUCAUUUUGGUUGCCGAACACAACAAUAAACUAUGUCGGCAAUUCGGACUAAACGAUAUUUUUCAAGUUGGUGAAUCAGUGACGUUAAAAAAUCUUUCAGGUGAAUGCCAGGACAGGUUAGUAGAACAGAACAACAUAAUUUUUCAAGGAGAGCAGAUCAGCUUGGAAGAACUAUUAGAAACACAAACAGAAGAGGAUUGGAGGAAGGUUAUAAAUUCUGAAAUUCUAGAAAUGCUAAUUAGAAAGAAAGAAAUAAAAGUGGGCGAACCACUUUCAGAUUUAGACGAAAGCAACUCUCGAUAUUACAUAGCUCGCACCUUUAAAAUACAAAUAUGUAAGAGUAAAGUUGGACAAGGCACUUGCGAAUUGCAACAAGCAAAACCACAUUUAAAUGAAUAUGGAUGUAAUACUAAUAAGGUGAUAGAAGAGACUUUUCCAGAAAUGAGCAUUCAUGACGUAAACCAAGAGGUGAUACUUAUCUCGGACGGUGCAGGAACUGGGAAGAGCACUGUACUUACCAAAAUGGCAGCGGCUAUAAAAGAGAAGAAUCCUCACUUGUGGGUGAUUAAAAUUGAACUCACUAGGUACUCUAGCUUCUUAAGAGACGUGCUAGCUAAUCGACGGGAAACCAUAAGUGUAAUGGAGCUGUUGAAUUCUAAAAAUGCGACGAAAAUGACGAACCACUUGGAAAAGUUUGUGUUCUCCUCGAGCAAGAAAGUCGUGCUUAUGCUCGACGGGAUAGACGAGAUCAGCCCCGACUAUACGGGACUCGUCCUUAGCAUGCUGACCCAGUGCCGACAAGCAAUUAAUUUCGCGAAACUCUUCAUUACUACAAGACCUCACAUGGUCCGAGAAUUGGAAGAGGUUUUGAGAGUAAAGCCGUUUGUAUUGCAACCUUUCACGGAACAGAACCAGGUCGACUUCCUUAUCAGUUAUUGGGUUUAUAAUCUAGCUAUAAAUGAUGAUAGUAGAGGAAAGUGCGAACGAUACGCCAGGGCACUGAUAAGUAGGGUGUCCUCGUGGACAAAGGGAUAUUACGUGGAAGACGACUUUACUGCGAUCCCUCUGCAACUGAAAAUGCUUGCGGAGAUUUUCCAGGAAAGCAUAAAACAGAAUAAGUCAUCCGAUUGGGAAGGAUGCAAGGAGUUCUUAAAGGAAACUAGGGAAAAACCAAAACUGCCCGAAAAAAUGGAAAUUAAAGAGUUGUACGACAUGUUUAUUGAGACAAAAAGAGACAUCUACAUAUACAAAGGAAAUCCCAGCGGGAACUCGGCGGCGAAUAUGGCGUUAAUUGACCAAUUCGAUGAAUCCCUCAAGUACCACAGAAGACUCGCUUUAGAAGUGAUUUUACAUAAAGAGGAUCGUCGGCUUUUCUCGUGUUAUCAACAAAGUUGUAAGGAUAUAAACGAGAGCAUACUAAAGAUAGGAAUCGUGCAGAGAACAAACGACGAACCUCAGUUUAUUCACAGGACUUUCGCUGAAUAUUUUGUUGCGGAAAGUCUAGUCCAGGAAUUGCAAGUUCAGUUACACAGUCCAGAUAUAAAGUUUCAAGAGUUUUUCGUAGGUAAAGUUUUACAACUCCCUGAAAAUGUAAUUAUCCGCGGCUUCCUUGAUAAUUUUCUAAAUAGAGUCUUGCACUCUGUACCUGCAAAUAUUCUCGAGAAAUAUGAAUCUCAUACUUGUGACCAAUGCUGUUGGAUGGAUGACCAUAGAUUUAUUCAUUUAUUAGCGGAAGAGGGUUGUAUCGCAAUUCUGCAACUCAUCCUCAAAUGCGUAAAUUUCGAAAUUGUCAGAGGCAAAGAAAUUAACAUCGAAGAUUUGACAAGUCACGAUCUCGAUAAUAAUAGAAGCGUUUCCCAAGCCCUUAUACGAAAAAUUCGAGUUAACCGAAGAGAGAAAAAGGAAAAUGUACUAUUAUUUACGAGGAUUAUUACUCAGGAGGCUGGAAUCAACAUCAGGGACGGGUUUGGGAGCACGCUACUGUACUAUGCCGCUGACGGCGGUCACUUCGAAAUGGUGAGGUUUCUAACCGAGCAAGGAGCAGACAUCAACAGCGCAGGUUUCAUGAGAUGUACGGCACUGCACUGCGCUGCGAGUAACGGUCAUUUGGAUAUUGUCGAAUAUCUCGUAAAAUUCAACCACGAUAUCGAUAUCCAAAACGUGGACCGGCGCACGGCGCUGCAUUUUGCCGCCGCCAGAGGUCACCUGGACACAGUGAAACUUCUUCAUCGAUUGGGCGCAGACUUAAAUGUAAGAGACUUCGAUGGCGGCACGGCACUGCAUUCUGCUGUAUCGGGUCAUCACUUGGACACGGUCAAGUACCUCCUUGAACUGGGUGCGGAUUUCGAUGUUGAAAAUAUAUACCACCGUACGCCCCUGCAUCUAGCUGCCAUUUACGGUUUCUUAGACAUGGUUAAAUUUCUGUUUGGACUGGGCGCGGACCUCAGUGUUAGAGAUUAUGAAGGCAACACGGCGUCGCAUUUAACUGCUUUUUUUGGACGCUUAGAAGCAAUCAAAAUCCUUCAUGAACUGGGCGCAAAUUUAAAUAUUCGAGAUUACGAUGGCAGGACGCCACUGCAUCUUGCUGCGAGAGAGGGACAUUUGGCCACCGUCGAGUUUUUCGUCAAACACAACUUUGAUGUCUGUAUCAAGGACGACAAGGGCCGCACGCCGCUGCAUUUAGCAGCUGGAGAGGGUCAAUUGACUGUUGUCAAAUUUCUGGUGAAUGUGGUCGAUGAAGUCAAUAUCAGGGAUAACGACGGCCGCACGCCUCUGCAUCUAGCUGCCUGGGCUGGUCACUUGGACACAGUCGAAUUUCUUCACGGACUGGGCACUGAUUUAAAUGUUAGAGAUAAUGAAGACAGCACGCCACUGCAUUUGGCUGUUGCGAGGGGUCAAUUGACUGUCGUCAAAUUUCUAGCGAAUCCCGUCGGUGACAUCAAUAUCAGGGACAUCAACGGCCGCACGCCUCUGCAUCUAGCUGCCUGGGCUGGUCACUUGGACACUGUCGAAUUCCUUCACGGACUGGGCACUGAUUUAAAUGUUAGAGAUAACGACGACAGCAUGCCACUGCAUUUGGCUGCUGCGAGGGGUCAAUUGAUGGUUGUCAAAUUUUUAGCGCAUCUCGUCGGUGAUGGCAAUAUCAGGGACAUCAACGGACGCACGCCUCUGCAUCUAGCUGCCUGGGCUGGUCACUUGGACACAGUCGAAUUUCUUCACGGACUGGGUACAGAUAUAAAUGUUAGAGAUAAUGACGACAGCACGCCACUGCAUCUUGCUACCGUAUUUGGUCAUCUGGGCGCCAUAAAAUUCCUUCUUAAAGUGGGUGCAGAUUUGAGGAUUAGAAAUAAAGAUGGUCGCACGCCACUGCAGCUUGCUCGCUAUAAAGGUCACCGUCAAAUUGUUAACUACUUUAAGAAUAGGAAUAGAACUACUUUAAAAGUAGGAAUGGGAAUAAGAAAAAAGAAAUUACUGGAUAUAGUCAAGUUCCUUCAUGAAAUGGGUGCUGAUUCCAGGAUUAGGGACAAAGACGACAAUACGGCAUUGCAACUAGCUCUACAUGAAGGUUACCAUCAAAUUGCCGACUAUUUUGAGAACAAUUGUAACGUACAAUAUUUGCGUAUUAGCAUAGUUUUAUCUGUCCUCUUGGUUCGUCGUCGUUAUUAUCGAAUUGUAUUCUCAAAAGACGAAGAAAAAGGCACCAACAAAAAGGCUUGUGUCUCAGGAUUUUCACCUGCCAAGAGGAUGGAAGACACGUACAAAAAAAGCAAAGGAAACGCCGGACUCGAAGGGGUUCAAUUCCAACUGAAUCUGCUCGCUGUGUUUUUGCUAAAUGCCCUCCGUAGCCGGAAAAACUGGAAAAUGUCCACGGAGAACAAGGAAGCUGGAAAGUUCGACGACCUCGUUCUCGAUUUGGACGACAAAUGCGUUUUGCUACAGGCCAAGUUCAAACAAAGCAAAAAGGUCACCAGAGAACAAUUAUUUUCGUGCAACGCUAAGAACGCCGAUUUCAGCCUUCCCAAAUACUUCUUCUCGUACUUGGAGGUUAAGUCUAGUUCUGUAGAGAAGGUUGUUAUUGUUUGCACCAACACGGAUAUCGAAGGAAAAGGCUUAGAGAACUGUUUAAAACGCCAUUGUCUAAGCGCCAGCAGCAUGCUGCACUACGAAGGGAACUUUUGUCCAUUUUAUACUUUUAAUAAAAACAUCUUGCCCGAGUUAAAAGCUAGUGCGGAGGUUUACUUCCAUAAAAAUUUACGUGACAAAAGCAUCGACAAGGCAGCAGUAACAGAGGAAAACAUGAUGGAUUUUCUGAAUCAUUUUCAAUUUUUUUUAAAUUAUCCUAGUGGAGACCAAUUAGACAAAGUUAUUGAACAGUUAUUACGCUUGAACAAUUCCGGUUUAUAUCGCAAGGUCUCUUCGCAAGAGUUAUAUAAGAAAGUAGAAAAUUGGUUCAAACAACCAAAGGGGGAAUAUUUAACAGAGGAACGAGCGAAAGCCAUGUUUAGCGAAAUAAAAAGUGACAGGUACUGCGAAGAAUUGAAAAACUACAACGUGUCGUUUAGACAAACUAGUUUUAAUUUCACUGAUCCAGAAAAAAUUUUCCAAGUCAAUUCCGAUGGAAAAUAUCUGUUGCAGGCAUUGAAGGUUUUCGAUGCACUGCAUAAAGAUAAAGGCAAAAAAUUGUAUGUCAAUCCUAACGAUGACAUCGAGGUGCAAAAACACGUCAUAAAUGCAUUCGCACUUCCCCGCUACACCUUUUUAAUUAUAAUUGGGGUUAAAAUUACUCAAGACGCGGCAAUAAAGGAAAUUAGUAGUACAUUAAAAGAUAUACUAAAGAAAUACAGCUAUAAGAAAGUCAUUUUGGUUGCCGAACACAACAAUAAACUAAGUCGGCAAUUCGGACCAAACGAUAUUUUUCAAGUUGGUGGAUCAGUGACGUUAAAAAAUCUUUCAGAUGAAUGCCAGGACAGGUUAGUAGAACAGAACAACAUAAUUUUUCAAGGAGAGCAGAUCAGCUUGGAAGAACUAUUAGAAACACAAACAAAUGAGGAUUGGAGGAAUGCUAUAAAUUCUGAAAUUCUAGAAAUGCUAAUUAGAAAGAAAGAAAUAAAAGUGGGCGAUCCACUUUUAUAUUUAGACGAAAGCAACUCUCGAUAUUACAUAGCUCGCACCUUUAAAAUACAAAUAUGUAAUAGUAAGAUUGAACCAGGCACUUGCGAAUUGCAACAAGCAAAACCACAUUUAAAUGAAUAUGGACGUACUACUAAUAAAGUGAAAGAAGGGACUUUUCCAGAAAUGAGCACUCAUGACGUAAACCAAGAGGUGAUACUUAUCUCGGACGGUGCAGGAACUGGGAAAAGCACUGUCCUUACCAAAAUGGCAAUGGCUAUAAAAGAAAAGAAUCCUCACUUGUGGGUGAUCAAAAUUGAACUCACUAGGUACUCUAGCUUCUUAAGGGACGUGCUAGCUAAUCGACGGGAAACCGUAAGUGUAAUGGAGCUGUUGAAUUCUAAAAAUGCGACGAAAAUGACGAACCACUUAGAAAAGUUUGUGUUCUCCUCGAGCAAGAAAGUCGUGCUUAUGCUCGACGGGAUAGACGAGAUCAGCCCCGACUAUACGGGACUCGUCCUUAGCAUGCUGACCCAGUGCCUACAAGCAGCUAAUGUCGCGAAACUCUUCAUUACUACAAGACCUCACAUGGUCCAAGAAUUGGAAGCCAUUUUGAAAGUGAAGCCAUUCGUGAUGCAACCCUUCACGGAACAGGACCAGGUCGACUUCCUUGUUAGUUAUUGGUUUUAUAAUCUAGCUAUAAAUGAUGAUAGUAGAGGAAAGUGCGAGCGAUACGCCAGAGCAUUGAUAAGUAGGGUAUCCUCGUGGACAAAGGGAUAUUACGCUGAAGACUACUUUACUGCGAUCCCUCUGCAACUGAAAAUGCUCGCGGAGAUUUUCCAGGAAAGCAUAAAACAGAAUAAGUCAUCCGAUUGGGAAGGAUGCAAGGAGUUCUUAAAGGAAACUAGGGGAAAACCGAAACUGCCCGAAAAAAUGGAAAUUAAAGAGUUGUACGACAUGUUUAUUGAGAAAAAAAGAGACAUCUACAUAUACAAAGGAAAUCCCAGCGGGAAUUCGGCGGCAAAUAUGGCGUUAAUUGAUCAAUUCGAUGAAUCCCUCAAGUGCCACAGAAGACUCGCUUUAGAAGUGAUUUUACAUAAAGAAGAUCGUCGGAUUUUCUCGUGUUAUCAACAAAGUUGUAAGGAUAUAAACGAGAGCGUACUGAAAAUAGGAAUCGUGCAGAGAACAAACGACGAACCUCAGUUUAUUCACAGGACUUUCGCCGAAUAUUUUGUUGCGGAAAGUAUAGUCCACGAAUUGCAAGUUCAGUUACACAGUCCAGAUAUAAAGUUUCAAGAGUUUUUCGUAAGUAAAGUUUUACAACUCCCUGAAAAUGUGAUUAUCCGCGGCUUCCUUGACAAUUUUCUAAAUAGAGUCGUGGAUUCUGUACCCGCAAAUAUUCUCGAGAAAUAUGAAUCCCAUACUUGUGACCAAUGCUGUUGGAUGGAUGGCCACAGAUUUAUUCAUUUAUUAGCGGAAGAGGGUUGUAUCGCAAUUCUGCAACUCGUCCUCAAAUGCGUAAAUUUCAAGAUUGUCAGAGGCAAAGAAAUUAACAUCGAAGAUUUGACAAGUCACGAUCUCGAUAACAACAGAAGCGUUUCCCAAGCCCUUAUACGAAAAAUUCGAGUUAACCGAAGAGAGAAAAAGGAAAAUGUACUAUUAUUUACGAGGAUUAUUACUCAAGAGGCUGGAAUCAACAUCAGGGACAGGUUUGGGAGCACGCUACUCUACUAUGCCGCUGACGGCGGCCACUUCGAAAUGGUGAGGUUUCUAACCGAGCAAGGAGCAGACUUCAACAGCGCAGGUUUCAUGGGAUGUACGGCACUGCACUGCGCUGCGAGCAACGGUCAUUUGGACAUUGUCGAAUAUCUCGUAAAAUCCAACCACGAUAUCGAUAUCCAAAACGUGAACCGCCGCACGGCGUUGCAUUUUGCCGCCGCCAGAGGUCACCUGGACACAGUGAAACUUCUUCAUCGACUGGGCGCAGACUUAAAUGUAAGAGACUUCGAUGGCGGCACGGCACUGCAUUCUGCAGUCUCGGGUCACCACUUGGACACGGUCAAGUACCUUCUCGAACUAGGUGCGGAUUUCGAUGUUGAAAAUAAGUACCACCGUACGCCCCUGCAUCUAGCUGCCAUUUACGGUUUCUCAGACAUAGUUAAAUUCCUGAUUGGACUGGGCGCGAACCUCAGUGUUAGAGAUUAUGAAGGCAACACGGCAUCGCAUUUAACUGCUUUUUUUGGACGCUUAGACGCAAUCAAAAUCCUUCAUGAACUGGAUGCAAAUUUAAAUAUUCGAGAUUACGACGGCAGGACGCCACUGCACCUUGCUGCCAGAGAGGGACAUUUGGACACCGUCGAGUUUUUCGUCAAACACAGCUUUGAUGUCAGUAUCAAGGACGACAAGGGCCGCACGCCGCUGCAUUUAGCUGCUGCGGAGGGUCAAUUGACUGUUGUCUUUCUGGUGAAUGUGGUCGACGACGUCAAUAUCAGGGAUAACGACGGCCGCACGCCUCUGCAUCUAGCUGCCUGGGCUGGUCACUUGGACACCGUCGAAUUCCUUCACGGACUGGGUACAGAUUUGAAUGUUAGAGAUAAUGACGACAGCACGCCUCUGCAUUUGGCUGCUGCUAAGGGUCAAUUGACUGUCGUCAAAUUUCUAGUGAUUCUCGUCGGUGACGUCAAUAUCAGGGACAUCAACGGCCGUACGCCUCUGCAUCUGGCUGCCUGGGCUGGUCACUUGGACACAGUCGAAUUCCUUCACGGACUGGGCACAGAUUUAAAUGUUGGAGAUAAUGACGACAGCACGCCACUGCAUCUUGCUACCGUAUCUGGUAAUCUGGGCGCAAUAAAAUUCCUUCUUAAAGUGGGUGCAGAUUUGAGGAUUAGAAAUAAAGAUGGUCGCACGCCACUGCAGCUUGCUCACUAUAAAGGUCGCCGUCAAAUUGUUAACUACUUUAAGGAUAUGAAUAUAAUAAUAUAAAAGUAGGAAUGGGAAUAAGAAAAAAGAAAUAAUGCAAAAAUUGGUAAGUUGGUACCAUUUCGGCAUUCUGAUACUGUUUUGUUUAAUAUUGUGCACAAUUAACUUAAACUGAAGUGCUCAUGUCAUGAAAAUUUUAAAGUGCCGUUCGGUUUGCAUAGUGUUCCAAUAUACUCAACCUGUGCGCGCGCGCUUAUUAGAAGGUAACACGAGUUAUUGUUUUCGCGUUGUAGUGGUUGAUCAAAAUGGAAUCGUGACUGGAUAUUAAUGGCCAACCUGAUAUCAGGGUAAUUGCAAACAACUCAAUUUAACAGAGAUCUAGAACGAUGUAGAUAAACAAUAUGUAUAAGGGAAUUUAUCUAAUAAAAUUAAUAAGUAACA